AUGUCCUACUUUCUUGGCAUGGAGAUCAAACAAGCUCAAAACGAGAUCUUCAUAUGUCAAAGGAAGUACUUGAAAGCAAUCUUGAAGAGGUUUGGUAUGGAGGAGUGCAAGAGCGUGAGUACUCCAAUGGGUAAUAAAGAAAAACUGCAAAAGAAUGAUGGAGCUGACCCUGCAGAUGAAGGACUUUACAGGAGCUCAAUUGGUUGCCUAAUGUACCUCACAGCAACCAGAUCAGACAUCAUGUUUCCUGAAAGUGUCCUGUCCAGAUUUCUAAAUUGUGUAAGUGAGUUGCAUAUGGUAGCUGCAAAGAGGGUACUGAGGUACUUGAAGGGUACUAUCUCAUAUAGGAUUAAGUUAGGCAAAGUUCAGGACUUUAAGUUGCAGGGUUAUUCUAAUAUUGAUUGA